GCUGGUCCCAAACCCAUACCAAUAUAUGGCAACUAUUUGCACACUGUUUUAGGACAUCAUUCACAACAAUUGUUAUCAUGGUUUAACAAGUUUGGCAAUGUUAUCGGCACAUAUCGUUUCUCGCGGCCCGAACUGAUCAUAUCUGAGCCAAACAGUAUUUACCAGAUAUUGAGUACCGAUGCCAACAAAUUUCCGCGAAUGAGAGACUCGUAUGUUAUCAAACAUAUGACCGAUUAUCGGCUCUAUAUGUCUGUACAUAACAAGUACAGUAUGGUUGUGUUGGCCCAACUGUUUAGACCGGAAAACAUGAAACUCAUCGAAAAGAGUACCGAAACUGUUUGCCGACAAUUUAUGGCCAAUUAUGUUGACCACCAUUUGCCAGCAGACGGUAUUGUAAACGUAAGGCAUGUCAUGCAAGAGUUGGUUAUGAAGAUCAUGAUUCAGUGCUCGUUUCCGACCAGUUUUUCCGAACUAAACCUAUCGAUUGACCAGUUUAUCGAAAGCGCGCCACAAAUUGACAAAAAUCGACGGCUAUUGUUGACCUCAGUGUUAAUCCCUCGGCUAACCGAAUACAUGAUCGCUGCGUACGGGAAAGUGUUUGGCAAAAAACAACAAUAUUUUAUAGACAGUAUCACCAAAAUGGUUGGUCAUAGACGCAGACAAUUGAUUGACAACAACGGUUUUGCCGAUAAAUCUAAAGAUUUUUUACAACUUUUUCUUGACUACCGACACAACAAAGCAGCCGAUAAAGAGCUGACCGACUAUGAGAUCGUAAGCCUAUUCUAUGUGUGCUAUUUGUCCAGUUAUGAGCCCAUGUGUCUGAUGCUAAUGAUGGCAGUCUAUGAGUUGGCAAUGAAACCGUUAGUUCAGAGCAGACUGUAUGACGAACUGAUAGCCGCUGAUAUGUUGGUCACAAACGACGACUCAAGCAUUUUGGAGCUACCGUUUCUCAAUGCAGUACUGAUGGAGAUAUUGCGCAAAUACCCGCUGCCGUUGACCAAUAGACGGGCUAAAGAGGACGUCUUUUUGCCCGAUGCCGGCGUAACGGUGCCCAAAGGUGUUGACGUCGAGCUAUCGUUUAUAUCGCUUUAUCACAACUCACGUUACUUUACCGAUCCGUAUGACUUCAAUCCGGACCGCUUUAUGGCGCCGGCGGUCGACAAUCAAACACAGCACUCGUUCAUACCAUUUGGUUGCGGACAAGUGGUCUACUGUGUCGGCGAACGGUUUGCUAAAGUUGUGCUCAAACAUGCUUUGGCUAAACUGAUCAAAACAUUUGAGUUCAAAGUUGCCGACAGUACGGAAAUCCCGUUUAUAUUCAAUCGAUGUCCCGAUAUUUUGCUACCAAAAUCACUGAAUUUAGGAUUUAAAUUAAGAGAAAAUAUUAAAUUUUAA